UCAAAAUAUAGUCCACACCACGAGAAUAUAGCUCUUAUAGUAGAAUGCUGAACAUUGUGCUGAGGACUGUAUUGAGUUAAAAUACAACUGUCCGUGCAGUUUUAUAGUGUGUUUUUCAGAGCGGAGCCAGAUAACGGCUCCAUCAAGUCUAUUUCCACAGACGGGAUUUUAUUGUAAGGCCGGAUGUGUUACCGUUGCUUUCUGCCGCGCUUUACUCAUCUAGAUUUUUAUCUUGAACACAACGACCUCGGGUUGUGACUAAUUUCAGUCAGUCAAAUAUGUCACACCAGCGUGUUAUUUCGAAGCGACUAUUGAGUUACUUUGCGUUUAAACUAAAACAUGUAAACUAAUACAGUGAAGCCCAGUGUUGUUGUUGUUCAUAUUUUGUGACCUUCGAGGCCACCGUAGUUCUAGCUGUGGCGUUAGUGUCAUGGCCGCGAUGGAGCGAGUUUACUUUUAAUAAAUUUGCUUUUCUCUGGGACUCAGAUAAUGUAAAAUGGCAGCCGUUUUCCUGGUCACGCUGUAUGAGUACUCUCCUCUGUUCUACAUCAGUGUGGUGUCCUUGUGCUUCGUUGUUACCGCUGCCGUCGUGCUCGGCUGGUUUGGUUUCGAUGUCCCUGCGAUCCUUCGCAGCUCAGAUGAGACCGAGUCCAUCCUUCCAACCCCUGAGAAGCAAAUGGUCCAGGUGACGAAUCCCUUCGCCUUGGUGAUGGGCUAUGGGACCGCAUCUGUCACUGAUGGUGCAUCAGUGAGGCCUUUUUGUCUGGAGCCCUGCAUCCUGAGCUGUUUCUGGGGAUGUGAGGUCAUCGCCGUCCAGGGAGCACUGCAAUCUCACCAGCACGGGCCGAGGCUCAGCACCCCCCAACAUUUUCAGGAGGCCUUCCACCUACGUUACCACCACAGCCAGAGUUUCCAUGUCAGCAGUGACAACAACGAGGAACACCACACUCAGAUUCCUGCUGAACAGGGGAUCCCAGACUUUGGAUUGUUGCCAAGGGCACACUACCCUCUUGUGGCUGUGCUGACGCUGGCAGAGCCAGAAGCCCGAGACAUGUACAACAUUGUGGCCAGUGUGACCGUUAUUCAUGUUCCUGAUGACAAAUACAGCCUUUCUGCUCGGAUUCUUUUUCAAUACCUUCUCACCUCACAGGGGAACAUGUUCGAGUUAAAGCCUCUGUUCAUGUCAGCUGACAGCGGGGGGGCGCCGGGGCCUCCUGACACAGAGCAGAGCACCUCUCCCAAUCAACCCACAGAGGAGGCACACAGACUGGAGCAGAGUUCUGUGCUGGAGGACGAGGACUGGUCGGAAGGGACAGGCAGAGACUGUGUGGUCUGUCAGAAUGCAGCAGUGAACAGGGUGCUGCUGCCCUGCAGACACGCCUGUGUGUGUGACCGCUGUAUGUCACACUUCCAGCACUGCCCCAUUUGCAGGGCAUUUGUCCUGGAGUCGUUUGCACUGACACAAGAACCAGUUGUAGAAUGGUGACUCCCCACUCUGUCAGUGUGGGAUGUGUUAGUGUCACUUAUUAGAUCAUAUGCAGUGAGGCAGUCAUCACUGCUAAAGAAGCUCUGAAUUUACAUAAUGUUACACCCAGUUUCCAUAAAUGGAACCAUUAUUGGAGAAGUUCAGCUGGACUGUAGACAUGUAUAGAGUAAAUCAGGGAGUUGCACUGCAGCAGCUGUAAAGAGUACUGACCACUCCAUUAGACUGCCUCCAGCAUAAUCCAU